UCCCUGAAUGUCACAAAACAUACAGCGAGACGUCUGACACUGCACAAGAUGAGACUUUCCUUCCAUCUUGGUGUCUCCCUCCUUUCCCUCGCCCUCAUCCUUCCCUGGAGCGUCACAUCUCACCCUGUCUCCCCCACUGCCCUCCUGCCCACAAUGGACAGACCCAAACUGCAGUCGGCCCUGCUGGACCUCCAGGCUGCUCUGGCGGAGCAAAGGUACAAUUGGUCUGAGUGGGAUCAAGACCCCUGGCCUGAGGAGGAGGCGCUGCUGAGGACCCAGAGAGAAGAAGGAGAUGGGGAGAAUGACUGGAAGAGGAACGAAGCACUGACCUCCAUUGCUGGAGGACUUCAGGCCGUCAGCCGCGAAAAAGGAGGGUUCGGUUUCCGCUUCGGCAGGAAACGGUGGACUGACAGGGGGUGGAGGGAUGAAGGGAUGGAGGGAGGAGAGGGCAGGACGCAAGGAGGCGAUGAGAGAGAAGGCUGAUGGAUGGCAAAAGAGGGUGAGGCAGUGACACAUUCAACUUUUUUAGCCAGGAGGGACCUGGAGAAGUUGCUCAGUGCGUUGCUGCCUUCAAAAGAGGGUGUGGGGAAAAAGGCACAAAAUAAACCAUGUAAGAUUCAAAAUGUAUACGCAUGUAAGGUUUUCUUUUGCUGUUUUCUAACUCCCACAUUUCAAAGAGAGCAGUUUUAUUUUUUAGUAACUGGAUGUAUAGAACAAGACGUAGUGUGAUCACUCAACUCCUGAAUGUCACAUCUCACAGUGUGAUAACGUUUGUACAAGGACAGAGAAAAUUGGACGUUUGCCUUUGUAUAGUCACUUUGUUCAUUUGUUGCCUUCGAUAUCAGCGCUGAAUAAACAGUUUGGAGCUGCAGUCUGUAAAACAAAACUCUCACCA